AUGGGCAACUGUUGCAGAACCCAAUCCUCUUCAAUGGUCUUUGCCGGAGACGAUUGGGGCUCCUUCAGUUCCAAGCACGGCCGUGGCCGCGGCGGAAACGCCUCAACCUCCAGCGGCGAUCCAGAGAAAUAUAGACUACUUGGAGAGAAGCAAACGUCGUCGUGUCCACAGCCGCAAGUGAAAAUCAAGAUGACGAAGAGAGAGCUUGAGGAUCUGGUGAAGAAUCUGGAGAUAGAAGGCUUGAGUCUAGAACAAGUAAUUGGGCGGAUGAUGAACGAUGAGGACGAAUUUCAAGGUGAGCACCAUCGCUCGUGGAGACCUUCUCUUCAAAGCAUUCCAGAGUGA